AUGGCUUCCGAACACACUAUCACACAAGCCCUGUUGGAAUGGAUCAAUAGUUUCGCCCUUGGUAAAACAAUCCGAACGACCGAUGAAUUGACAGAUGGGACUAUCAUUUGGGAAGUCUUACAAGAUAUCGACCCCCAAUAUUUCCUCGAUGAGCUCCCGCAACGCAAUCCGUCAGACCACUGGUUGUCCAAACUCCAGAACUUGAAACACAUCCUCAAAACGCUGGUCAAUUAUAUCCGCCAACAACCCGAUGGGAUCCCUUCUGGAUUAGAUCCGGCCCCAAAUCUGGAAGUGGUCGCUGAAAAGAGUUCGAUCAAGGAAACCAACAAACUCCUCAAGCUCAUUUUAAUCGCCGCUAUCCGCUCGCCGAACGCGCCGUCCUACGUGGAAACCCUCCAAACAUUGAGUACUCCGACUCAGGAGUCCCUGAAAGAUAUUUUUGAAGAAGCUGAGAAUGGCCAACAUGAGCCUCUUGACCCCGUGGACGAGAUCAAAGAAGAUUUGUCCAAACGGGAACAUCCCGUCGAUCUAGAGCUGCAAUUCGAGGAACGAGUAGGGAAAGUGCUUGCUGAGAAUGACCGCUUAACGCAUGAGAAGAAGGAGCUCGAGAAGGCAUUGGAGGACCUACACAACCGUCUGGCACGCCUUCAAGAAAAUAACGAUACUCUCCAGAGCCGCCUCGCGACCACAGAGGAUCGACUAGGAAACCUGAAGUCCGGCAAAGGCGACCUCGGCUUUAAUACAAAAGCCUUGGAGUCUAAAUCCCGCCAGCAAGAAGACAUCAUCGCAUCCCAGGAGGCUCGGCUGGCCGCGGCUCAGGAUGAAAUUGACAGCCUGCGAAUGACAGUGGAGUCCUUGCGCGUGAAGAACGAACGGUUCCAGAGGUUGCAGGAUGACUAUGAUGAGUUGAAAACAGAAAGAGACCAACUCGCCCGGAAGGCUAAUGCAGCGGAGAAAUAUCGGUCAAAGCUACAAGCCAGCCAGGACUUUGAAAAGGAAAACCAGACGCUCAAGAAUCAGAUCCAAGACCUCCAGCAGCAGUUGAAAGAGUCAGAUUCGCAGCAAAGAUGGACAUCGGAACGCGAUGUUGAACUUGAAGAAUACAGACGAGUCUUGCCACGAAUCGAACAGGAAUGCAGUGAAAUGCAGAGUUUGAAGAAACAACUUGAAUUCAAUAACCACGCCUUGACAGAGCGACUUAGCAGUGCUGAGGAACAGCGUGAAAGAGAUGAUGCACUUAUAAGUGAGCUACGGGAGCGGAUUCGAGAACUUGAGGGCUCCCCUGGGAGCCCAGCUCUUACACCAGGCAGCGAAACUCCAAAGCUGCAGGGCACGCUACAAAAGGACUUCGAAGACAUUGGCGUUAAGGAAUCUCAAUUGUUAGGGAUCCCUAUCCUACCCUUUAAGUAUGGGCUGACUCCGCGCUGUAGGAAAACCGAAAAUGACGAGCUCAAGAAAGAGAUCGAAUUCUUGAAGGGGUCAUCAACUGCCGUCAAUUCUCAGCAUGAAGGAUUUUCGGAUGCCUUCAGCGCAACCCUGCAGAGGGCCCAAGAAAAUUCUACACAGGGUGAUGAAUAUUGGAAGCUGUAUGAUCAGUACAUUUCCGUGCUCAAGAAACUUGCAGAAGUACAGGACUCUUUCGACAAGUCUAGCAGAGCGCUUGCCGAUGCACAAGCAGCUGUCUUACUUGCGAGCAAGGAAAAGCUAGUCAUGAUUAAUGAAAUCAAAGAGAAUGAAUUAGUGGAAUCAACUAAAUUGCGCGACGAAUCGAAUGAAAUCAAACAGAAAAUACAUACUCUCCAAGCUGAACUUGACGCUAGUUUGGCCUUGGCCAGGGAAGCAUGUGCUGAACGGGAUGAGCUGCGGACAAUGCUUGACAACAGACAGGCUGAGAUUGCUGAAAGUCGCGUGGAGGACCAAGAAACUAUGGAGGAAAUGAAGAAGCUACUAGCAGAGAUUGCGGCACAGGAAAGUGGCGGUGCCUCCGAAGCUUCCCAGAAGUCUGGUAUGGAACUCACGAAACAGGUCGUUGAACUUAUCGAGCGGAACCUAGAGAGACUGGCACAACGCGCUGAGGUCAGUGGAACCAACCCUAAGACACUAUUACCGCAUGCCGAAAGCUGA